CAAAAAACUAAAACCUCUGCGUCUCGUCGCGCCGCUGUCUGAUAUUCCUCUGUUUCCUCUCAUUUUUUUGCGAUCAGGUCUAGUGAGAGAGAGAGAGAAGAGGCAAGUUUUGUACUGAAGAAAAAAAAGUGUUGAAGGAAAGCUUUGAGAAGCCAUGGAUGCGGAAUUCGAGAGGCUGCUCAUGUUCGAACAAAUUCGUAAAGCCGCCGAGGAGACUUACACGAAAAACCCUUUAGAUGCCGAUAACUUGACGAAAUGGGGAGGAGCUUUACUGGAGGUAGCUCAGUUUCAUAACGUCGUAGAUGCAAAGCAAAUUAUUCAAGAUGCGAUCACGAAGCUCGAAGAGGCGUUGUUGAUUGACCCAAAGAAAGAUGAAUCGCUUUGGUGCAUGGGGAAUGCAUACACUUCACUUGCGUUUUUGACUCCUGAAGAGACUGAAGCUAAAUAUAGCUUCGACUUAGCUACUCAUUUUUUCCAACAAGCUGUGGAUGAGCAACCGGAAAAUUCACUCUACGUGAAAUCACUUGAAAUGACGUCCAAGGCUCCUCUACUGCACGCUGAGGUUCACAAACAAGGCUUAGGGUCACAACCAUUGGGUGGCGAAGGACCAUCAGCAGCGCCAAGCUCAAAGGCAGCGAAGGGUAAGAAAAGUAGUGAUUUGAAGUAUGAUGUGAUGGGAUGGGUGAUUCUCGCCGUUGGCAUUGUUGCUUGGGUUGGUUUCGCCAAAGCUAAUACGCCUGUUUCUGCUCCUCGAUAAGGAGUGUGUGUUUUGUUUAUCUACUCAAAUAGUAGGAGAUUUUUUUUUGUUGGAGUAUUUCAGUUCUAAGGUUUUUAACCGUUGUUUUUUGAUAUAUUUUCACAACUUUCUUGAAUUGUCUUUGUUUUAUCAUCUUCAUCGCUACUGGUAAUUUUUAUUUCAUUUUGAUGAAGCCCUUCCUCUUUGGGUAAAACCUGUUCUACGCAUUCCUUCUUUUGGAAUAUUUACAUUAUUUGAGAAUCUUCUUAAUUAUAAAAAGCAAUCUUGUCAUUUA